AGCACUCUCAUUUUUUUUGCUCAAAACCUUCUUCAUUUUCAUCAAAAUCUUGUGAUAUUACACAGAUUAAUUCAAUAGAAAUGAGGCCAAUUUAUAGCAAUACCUUGUCGGUUGUUUCGAUUCUUUUCUUGUUACUUCCCGGUGGUCAAGCUCUCAGGCCUUAUCAUUUUACCCACCACAGUAGAGGCACCAACUACAAGGAUGUAGAAAACCAACAUGUUAAGGAGGGAGAGUUAGGAAUGGAGCUUUACCCGACGGGGUCGAGCCUGCCGGACUGCUCGCACGCUUGUGGGGCGUGCCGGCCUUGCCGUAGGGUGAUGGUGAGCUUCAACAAGUGCGCAGUGGAGUCGUGCCCCAUCGUCUACCGCUGCAUGUGCAAUGGCAAAUACUAUCACGUCCCAUCUAAUUGACCUUUCAUCUCUUCUUUUUCUUUUUAAGUUCAUGGAAAGCUACCUUUGUUACUGCUAGAUACUAUCAUGUCCCACCUAAUUCACAUUUCAUUUCUUCUUUCUUGAGUUCGUGGAAAUCCGCAGCCGCUACCUUUGUUACUGCUGAUUUCUCCUCUAGGCUUACCAGUUUUGUAGUAGUGCUCAUGGAAUCGUAGGCAGCAGCUCAAGAUGAAGAAAUCUUGCCAAAUGAGACAAAUUUUGAGUCUAUUUAGAUGUAAAUACCAAAAAAAUUAUUCAAUUUUGUGUUUU